AUGGCCUCGGACGCAGCCAUCUCAGCCACUGAGAACGGAAGUGGCUCUACUACAGCAGUGCCUACACCCCGUGACGAGUAUGGUGCCAAGGACUUGCGUAACCUGCUUCAGCUGCGACCUGAUCAUCCGACCCGGCCACUUUGGAUUGGACCCGAUGGUCAUAUCUUCCUUGAGACCUUUAGUCCACUGUCACGCCCUGCUCAGGACUUUCUAAUUGCCAUAUCAGAACCUGUCUGUCGACCGGAGCACAUUCAUGAGUACCGCCUCACCUCGUACUCAUUGUACGCCGCCGUCUCCGUUGGUCUGCGUACCCAAGAAAUAAUCGGCUGUCUGCGCCGUCUCUGCAAGACGCAGCUGCCACCUGGCAUCGUUGAGUACAUUCGAAGCUGUACUCUUUCCUAUGGCCGGGCUAAGUUGGUGUUGAAAAAUGGACGCUAUUUUGUUGAGAGUCAAUAUCGCCGAUUCCUGCAGCGCCUAGCGAGUGAUUCUGUCGUCAGUCAGUGCCUCGUCUACCGAGCUCCAUGCGACGAAUCUGUAGAUGAUUCUGAUUCGGCAUUUUAUACAGCAACAGCU